UCCCCAAAGGACAACCUGUUCCACUGCACAAGUUGGACAGUCAGGGCUGUAAAGUCUGUCCACAUCAAACCAAAGUUGCUAGGGAACGGAUAAAAACAAACGGCCUGGGAGGCCAAAUGAGAAAUGCGUUGACCCUCUAACAGCUCGUGUUCAGAACCUUUCUGGUGGACGUUUUUAACAAGAACAAUUCUUUCAUGGUCUGUGAUGGUGUCAGUCCAAAGGUCCAGCCUCAUUAAUCCUGCAAUAUGGCCAAGAAGAGGAAGAAGCCCAAGCCGCUUACUCUGAGAGCGGUUCAGAAAUGCGUGGACUUGACAACGGAUGGCAGACGGAGGCUGGACCUCAGCUACAAAGGCCUCAACGUGGUGCCCGCUUGUGUCCAAAAGGUGACGGACGUUAGUGAACUGAAUCUGAGCAGGAACCUGCUGAAGAAGCUCCCACCUUUCAUAGAUCACUUUGACAGCACCGCGGUGUUGGAUCUGCACAGCAACUAUAUAGAGGAGAUCCCACAAAACAUCAAAAACCUUACGUGUCUGACGGUCUUGAACCUGUGCAACAACCGUCUGACGAGCCUCCCCAUCGAGAUCGGCAAACUGAGCAACCUCCACAUCCUGAACCUGGGACUCAACCUGCUGAAAGUCCUGCCCACCUCCAUCGGCAACCUGAAGGAGCUGCGCUACCUCGGCCUGUCCUACAACAACUUCACCACGGUGCCCAGCUGCACAGUCAAGCUGAAGAAGCUGGAGAAACUCAACCUGGAAGGGAACCCCAUCAAGUACCCGGAGGUGACCGGAGUCAAGAAAGAGUCGAAAGUGGACCGUUUUCACGUGGUCAAGGAGAGCCUUCUGUGUAGGAAUUGUCUGGAAAGUUUUCAAAUCGAAAGGGAGAAGCUGGACUGCAUGGACGGCUACGACACCUAGUGGCCGGACGGGGUGGGGGUCGGAGUUUGUUGACUUUUAAAAUGCAUUCGCGCAACUCACAAUGAGGUCAGUGAGAGCAUCAUUUAUCCUUGAUCAUUUUUUUAUGGUGGAUGCAUGUAAUGCUGGUUGGGUGAGAGUUGCUUUGGGUUUUUGUUACAACACAUCUAAUAUGAAUUAAUAUACACAUAUUUAACAAUAAACUAUUUGGUUUUUAUGCGAACACGAAUAAAAAUGAUUUUCAAAAA